AAAAUAUUUUUUCUGGACAAUACAGUUAUUGUAACGUUGCACUACUGCACACAUCUCACAGUUAGUUCUAAACGAAAAGUACUUAAACAUAUUAUUAAUUUCGUGUUAUUGUACAUCAUAAUUGUAAUUGUUUAAUUAAUUAUUGUGUUGAGCUGUCUUGUAAUUGCUGUAAAACGUCCUAUUUUUAAAAAAUAUGAGGGCAUUUGAUUUAUUGUUGUUUGUGGUGAUGGCAUAUACAUGCGCCACCGUGAACGCAAAUGUAUAUUUUCAAGCUAAAACUCCAAAUAAUGAGUGGUGGGCGAACUCCAUAACAUAUCAAGUGUAUCCAAGAUCGUUUAAAGACAGUAACAACGAUGGCGUUGGUGAUUUAAAAGGUAUUAUCCAGAAACUAGAUCAUUUCACUGAUCUUGGUAUUGAGACAUUAUGGAUUGGUCCACUUUUCAAAUCGCCUAUGGAUGAUAUGGGAUAUGAUGUAGAGGAUUUUAGAAUGAUAGACCCAAUAUAUGGAACACUAGCUGAUUUCGAUAACCUGGUUUUGGAAAUGAAAAAACGAAAUCUUAAAUUAGUAACAGACUUCAUACCUAACCAUUCGAGCUAUAAAUGCGAGUGGUUCAAGAAAUCAAUCAAAAGACAAGGAAAAUAUACAGAUUAUUACAUUUGGCGUGACGCUUCAAACCAAGAGGAAGUCUUAAGAAAUUCAACAAUAAAACCAAUACCUCCAAAUAAUUGGUUGAGUGUAUUUGGUGGUACUGGCUGGGAAUGGAAUGAUGAACGACAACAAUUUUAUUACCAUCAAUUUAAUUCAAAACAACCCGAUUUCAAUAUCAGAAAUCCAGAUAUUCACAAAGAAAUUUUGGAUAUACUCGCUUUUUGGAUUGAUAGAGGCGUUGUUGGCUUUCGAUUUGAUGCUCUUCGACAUUUAUAUGAAAGUGAUUUAUUCCUUGAUGAACCUUGUCUGACAAACGAAGUUGAAUGUAGAAUAAACCAUGAUAGUUUAAAUCAUACUUAUACAGUAGAUCAGCCUGAAAACAUUGAAAUUAUUAGGGAAUGGAGAGAAUUUGUCGAUGGUUAUAUGAAAAGUAAAAACAUCUCAAUAUCUAGCUACAUAGCCACCGAAUCUUACUCGCCGAUAAAUGUAUUAAUGGAAUACUACGGCAAUUCAACAAGAUCCGGGGCUAAUGUUCCAUUUAACUUUGGACUUUUAUCUGUUGAUAAACGUAAUAUAGUUGAAUCCAUAGACACGAAAGUGAAAAAUUGGCUAGACAAUAUGCCUGCAAACCAAGUGGCUAAUUGGGUGGUGGAAAAUCAUGACAACCCGAGGAUGCCGACUAAAUUUGGUCCUGAAAUGGUACCACUCUUUACAGCUUUGAAAUUAUCACUUCCUGGUAUAGAAGUUACAUACUAUGGGAGCGAAAUUGGCAUGGACAAUACGUAUGUGAGGCCAGACCAAUCACAAGAUCCAAACAAUGCGGGAGGUGUGAGAGCUGAUGAAUCCAGAGACAAUGAAAGGUGUCCAAUGCAAUGGGAUAGUUCAAUAAACGCAGGUUUCACUGAAAAUAAAAAGGCAUGGUUACCAGUAAAUCCAAAUUAUUAUAAUGUAAACGUCGAAUCGCAGAAAAAAAUACCAACUAGCAACUACAAUUUUUACAAAAAAAUGUCUCAGCUUCGGAAAACCGAUACAUUGAAAAACGGCGAUCUUCAAACAUAUAAUAUUACUAAAUCCAUAUAUAUUUUAAAGAGAUCAUUAUUGGAACGCGAAUCGUACGUUGUCGUAAUGAAUUUCGGCAGUGAAACUGAAACCGUUGUAUUGUCCAAUGUCAUGAAGAACCUCAAAGACGAACUUUACGUAUACUUAGGAAGUGAAAAUUCUGCAUAUGAUACCGGAAGUAUUGUAUCAACCGUUUCUUCAACUGGUAAUUCACUAACACUGCGACCACAAUCUGUAGUCGUAUUAACAGAUAAAUAUAUUGCACCUGAAACACCAACAAUUGGUACUCAAAAUGCGGCCACACAAAUGGGUUCCACAUCAAUUAGUCUACUCAGUAUUCUUAUACUAUUAAGAUAUUUCUUAUGAAUUCAUCUCUCAUAAUUGUAUAGUAAAUUUUCUCGUUAUAACUCAUUUUAAUUUUAAUUGUAUCGAUAACUUUGUUGUAUAUAUAAAUUUAUCAAUAGCUUUGUUGUAUAAUAUAUAAUUUUUUUUCAUGUAUAUUUAAUAAAGUCCUUAUUUAUGAACAAAUUAAACAACUUAUUUAACUAUUUUAAUAAUUUACUAAAACUUUUGCUAAAAACUGUGGUAUCUACUAGUUGUGGAUGGUUAUACUUAUGGUUGCCCUUUUUAAACAUCAAAGUUUUUCCUCAUUAUAUUCUUCAAAACGACAUAUAUUUCAUAUUCUUUUUGGAGCUAUUAUUAUUUUAAUACAAUACGAGUAGAAUUGUUAUAUUUUUUGCCAGUAGAGUAUUUUUCUUAGAAAAUCGGAAUAUUUCAUUAACAAUAUUGUUCAUCCCUCAUCUUUCAAAAAAAUCUAAACUUCUAAAAUCCAAAGUUAUUCAUAAUUUAAUAAUAAUCUAGUUAAUAAAGACAACACAUAUUUACAAGUAGCAUUUAGAUUGGUAAAAAUUAUUACUUGGCCAUUUUUAUGAUUUCUGUUAUAGUAUAGGGCAACCAACAUAAACAUCUACAAUAGCUACAAGGAUAAACACAAUGAUAUUAAAAACGAACAUUUUUAGAAAUAUAUUUUAUAGUUUUUAUAAUUUGAUAUAAGUUAUAAAGACAGCUAAAAACCGAUGAACAUAUUAUAUUACGCAUUUGAUUUCACCUAUUAAUGCAUGUCAAAAAAUUAAAUAAAAUUAUUAUAAUCAUAAUUCAAUUUAGGUUUUUGUUAAUAUUACACGAGAUGCAAUUUACAAGUAUUACGGUUAGAUAAAUUUUCAAUAGUGUCGUAGAGGCUCCUGUUAUGUAAAAAUUA